GAGUCAACAUGUGGCUGGUUACGUUAUGGCAAAAACACCGGCUAGAACUUGUUUGAUACACGGAACACAGGCUGCAACUUACAGUAGGGCUUAUAAUUAAAUGCCAAAAUAGAUUAUUUAGUGGAGGAGAGAACAAAACAAAAAACCUCGCGUGGAAUCAAUAAGUAAAGAAAAUGGCAAGCAGUCGAGAUAUAGAAUCACAAGGCAUCGGUCUUCAUGCAAGACAUGGCGUCCCCGAACCCGAAUUUCCCGACAUUCAGGAGCCCGAGCCCGCACUUCCACAGAAGAGAUUUGUUCAUAUUUACACGGUAACACGUAUUCUAUGUGGCCUCCUUAUCCUAACAAAUACAGCGAUGGAUUGGGUGUUGUACUCUGAAUUAAAUAGUGACUGUGAAGACAUAAAGAAGCGCUAUUUAGUUGUGACCAUCAUUGGGACAAUCCUCACCAUUGCUCAAAUUUGCAAUAUAGUCUACCAAGUCAAAGCCAACUAUAUCGAAGAUAACAAGUUUCAGGAGCCUUUAAAUUACUUAGAUGGUCGGACGGAAGCUAUGCUAAUGGUCUUGCUUGUAGAGCUGCCUCAGCUUCUUCUAUUGCAAGAUUAUUCAAAGUCCCCAUGUGACAAAGCAAAACAUUGUAGCAAAACAUCUUCAACAUCUUCCACUAAUGGAGAUUCCGGCAGAUCUUUGUUUCCGCUGUUUCCAUGGUUUCGACCUUUGACUACUACUACUACUACUACUACUACACUUCCACCCAACACAGACAACACUUUUGAUAUACAAUUUCUAACUGCGUGCGCAGUUGUUGGCUUGGUUAGUUGCCACUUCCGGUUUCAUUUGAGUAGACCACUGCCCAGGUUUGGCAGGAGAGGGGUUGCGGAUGAGUAUAAGAUGUUGAAACUGCAGGAGACGCGAGUUCUGAAAUGUAUCAUCUGUUUUGAUAAUAUUUUACCGAGAAUUCUUCAGUUUGUGGGACUGGACUGUCUUUGUAUAUUUCGAAAAUUCAAGAUACCAAUAGUUUUCGGGGACUGCCUUUGUGAUCACUUGACCCCAAUAUGGCGCUGGUCCUACUUCGUCCUUGAAUGCUGGGUCUGUCGCUUUACCUACUGCCCAAAGCGAGAACGAGGCGAGGUAUGGCUCGUGAACCGGAUGAGGAUGCUACGUCGCAGACCGGGUUUCCUGUGCCUGAACAAGGAGGAUCCUUAUUUCUUAGGCGUCUAUUUUCCUUACUUUUUCAUUUUGACUGUGUGUGUUUUUCUUAGCCUUAUGGGAACGUACAACUGUUCCAUACCAUUUUCUGGGAAAAUGAGACCGGUCUCUGAUACAGUUCGCUUCGUAUACGGUUUUAUAAUUUUGAAUAAAAUUUAGAAACAUUAGUUUGUUCUUGAACAUCAAAUGUGCGUGUCUACUUAGGUCAAAAAUCUUUUGAUAAUUUGAAUUUUGGGACGAGGUUUAUAGAGAAAAAAAUACCCUUGCACAGUCGCUUCAUAAAGUUUCUUUUUGUUUGCUAAGGGGGCUUGAUGGUCCUGGCCAUUUUUAGACUAUAUUAAUCUCCUUUAUAAAGAGAGCGGUGUAUUAAGAUACAGGAAUAAAUUCAAAAUUAAAAGCUAAGAUUUAUGGAAAUAAAAGAUUUGACUUUUACUUUGUUCAUUUUGUUGACCACCCAGCCUCUUUUAUUUAAAGUUUUUCCAUCUUGGCAAAACACAUUCUGCUAUGUGCAUUGAAUACAAGUAUGAUCUUAAUGUUAAAUUAUCAUGUAUUCAGUGUGAUCUGUUAAGUUUUAAAAUGUACGUAAUUUUAUGAAGUGUUUACGUAAAACAUACGAGCUAGACAUUUAUUCAUUAUCUAGACGCAUAUGCACUGAACUAUAAUAAUGGAGCAGCAAUUUUGAAAAUAUUGUUUUUUUUAUUAUUUAUGAUGUUCAUUGUCAUGUUUUUAGAUGUUUCAGAUAUUUUUUUCUGCAUGUUUAAUUGGGUUUUUUUUAUCAUUAUGAUGUACAUGUACUGGUCUCGUACAUCAGUGCAUUUAGUUCUGUUUCAGAUUUUUCUUUUUAUUUAUGAUUACUUCAUCGGUAAUCUAAUAAUUGAUAAUUAAAGAUGUGCAUGGACUGAGCAAACAGGAAGCAGUUGAAUGAGGUCAUCGUGUAGUUUUCCAAGAUUCUAGGUUAAAACAGGAAGUAAAGAUUCAAUUUGUUUUUCUCCCUGAACAUGCGUUAAAUGUAAACCAUGAUGAUGGUUAGUUAUACUUUAUUUUAAUUUAUAUUUUAUUCCUUUAUAAUCACAGAUUAUAAUUUAUAAGAAACUUCGUAAACCGGAUUAAUAGUUUUGUUUAAGUUUUCUUGUUCUGAAUAUACAUUUUUAUAUAAGAUAUGAAAGGAUUGUAUGUCUUUUUUUUUCCCA